AUGGCCAUUCCAGGGCGAUAUUUGUUUAACUACUCUCCCAGCGACAACAUGCUGUCUCUUGACGAGCAAAUCGCAGAUGUGUCGGGGAAGGUCGCGGCGGAGCCUAGUAACGAAGGCUUACGCAAGCACCUGGAGACACUGUGGAGACUUAAGCAUUAUCAACAACAACAACAACAACGUGAGGAAGCUCGACGACAAUAUGAGGACAACCUUCUGGACGAGGCCCUCAAGAACCUUAAAGCCAACCCCCACUCGCAGACCGCCAAGGAUGAAUGGGAGCGGGUGUUGAUUCUGACAGGGCGCAAGGAGCAUGUCGAGAUCGACGUUGUUGAGUGCAUACUGCAUACGUUUCGCUCUGCAUGGCAGAAAUUAGCAUGGCCCUUCCAUGUGGGCAAGCCAGCAGAAAAGUCAGCUGACACCAUAGAAGAUUGCCUGGACUCCAAGCCCCCGUCCACCAGGUCAACGGAAUGCAUUACUAAUGGUCUUCGCCACCGCCAUCAGUCUUAA